AUGUCCUUCCUCGGCGGCGCAGAGUGCUCGACGGGCGCCAACCCCCUCAGCCAGUUCACCAAGCACGUCCAGGAUGACAAGUCGCUGCAGCGAGACCGCGUGGUCGGGCGCGGGCCGGGCGGCAUGCAGGAGGGCAUGCGCAGCCAGCAGAUGGGCGCACAGGACGGGAUGAUGAACGAGUUCAUGCAGCAGAACCCACAGCUUCCCCAGGGCCCCGGGCCGGCAUCGCCGUUCGCCAUGGAGCAGAUGCGCCGCGAGCUGGAGCGCGCCCAGCACAGCGCGUCGCCGGCGUGGGCGGCCGAGUUCGACCCGGGCAUGCAGGCGCCGCAGAUGGGGCCGUCGAUGCAGGAGCAGCGCCCGGCCGGCUUCAACCCCGCCGAGUUCGCCAAGUUCCAGCAGAUGAAUCCGACCGAGCGCAACGCAAGCCCCGCAGACGCCGCGCAGAUGGGCUACCAGCGGCCCAUGCAGAACUUCGGCAUGGGCGGCAUGGGCAUGGGCAUGGGCAUGGGCAUGGGCGGCAUGGGCAUGAUGCCCUCGUACGCGCCGCAGACGUUCCAGCAGCCGGCCCAGGCCUCGGCCAAGGGCAAGGAGCGCAUGGUGGAGCUCGACGACCAGGACUGGGAGGCGCAGUUCAAGCAGCUCGAGGAGACGGACCAGAACCUCGAUGCGCUGGACGCAGAGGCUAACAAGAGCAUCGAGGCCGAGCUGAACGAAAUGGACAGGUCAGUACUAGACAGCGGACUGGAGGACGUCGACUUCGAGUCUGUCUGGAAGGGAAUCCAAGCUGAGACAGAGCGCGCUAGACACCUCGCCAACGAAGCCUCCUUCAGCGACGGCAUGCACAUGGGCGAUCUCGACCAGUGGGAGGGCUUCGACGGGCUCAACACGCUCAGCGCCCGCGACCCAGCCAUGGGCGACUACCUGUUCGAGCAGGAGAACCUGUUCAAGAGCGUCACCAACCCCUUCGAGGAGGGCGUCAAGAUCAUGGAGGAAGGCGGCAACCUGUCCCUUGCCGCGCUGGCCUUCGAAGCCGCCGUCCAGAAAGACCCCAACCACAUCGCCGCCUGGGUCAAGCUCGGCGAGUCGCAGGCCCAGAACGAAAAGGAAACACCCGCCAUCCGCGCCCUCGAGCACGCCCUCAAGCAGGACCCAAACAACCUCGAGGCUCUGAUGGGCCUGGCCGUCAGCUACACCAACGAAGGCUACGAGAGCACCGCCUACCGCACCCUCGAGCGCUGGCUCGCCACAAAGUACCCCUCGCUCGUCACAGAACCCCUCUCUUCAGACGCAGACAUGGGCUUCACCGACCGCCAAGCCCUGCACGAAAAAGUCACAAACCUGUACAUCGCUGCCGCCCAGCUCUCCCCGAGCGGCGAGCAGAUGGACCCGGACGUGCAGGUCGGGCUGGGCGUGCUCUUCUACGGCGUCGAGGAGUACGACAAGGCCGUCGACUGCUUCGGCGCAGCGCUGAACUCGACCGAGUCCGGCGUCUCCAACAGCUCCUCGCAGGUGCACCUGCUGUGGAACCGGCUGGGCGCGACGCUGGCCAACUCUGGCCGCAGCGAGGAAGCCAUCGACGCGUACUCGCGCGCGCUCGCGCUGCGGCCCAACUUUGUCCGCGCCCGCUACAACCUGGGCGUCAGCUGCAUCAACAUUGGCUGCUUCAGCGAGGCCGCGCAGCACCUGCUCGGCGCGCUGGCCAUGCACAAGGUCGUCGAGGCCGAGGGCAAGGAGAAGGCCCGCGAGGUCGUCGGCGACGGCGUCAGUGAGAGCCAGCUUGACAACAUGAUCCAUCAGAACCAGAGCACGAACCUGUACGACACGCUGCGGAGGGUGUUUGGGCAGAUGGGCCGCAGGGAUCUGGCGGAUGUUGUCGGGCCGGGCAUGGAUGUCGAGCGUUUUCGCGGCGAGUUUGAGUUUUGA